AUGCCAUCAGAAACCCCAUCCAUCUUCGUCUGCGGUCCCCAGACCACAAUCCUCCCUCCACAGGAAUACUUCGCUCAUCUACGACAAAACAUCCACCAUGCCUCAACACUCCAAACAAUCGAUACUGCCAUCGCAGAACUCCCCGAAAUUUGGAAAACCCUGGUCAAAGAAUAUCCGCCCUUACGCGAAAUCCCGGGCGCAGGGAUCCUUCGAGACAUGAAAGGAUGGAUAACCGGUGAUACCGACACCGUGGGGAACUUGAAACCUUUAUUGUCGAAUAUGCAUCUUGGUCCCUUGACUGUCGUGCUGCAGGUUUUGGAAUAUUUGAAUUAUCUUGCCCGUGAAGGUGUCGAUCAUUCCCAGGUGGUGGGGGAUGUUAAGCAUGGUGGGUUUCAGGGUCUUUGUACGGGGUUUCUUACUGCGAGUGCGCUUUCUUGUUCGAGGGAUACGGUGGCGAUUGGGAAGCAUGUGGCUGUUGCGUUAAGGUUGGCGUUGUGUAUUGGGGCGAUGGUGGAUUUGGAGAAUCAAUGUGGUGUGCUGCCCGCUGGGAUGAUCUCUCUAACGGUGCGGUGGACGUCGGGGUCGGAUCGGAGGAGGGUGAUGGCGAUUUUGGCGAGGUAUAAAGAGGCAUACCUGUCCGUGAACAUGGACACCCACAGUAUCUCUAUCACAACCCCAGAGGUGGAUCUACCGUCCAUCUUCCACGAUCUCAGUCGCAUCGGUGUCCAGAUUAUUUCUAUCGGGUUGAAAGGCAGAUUCCAUCAUCCACAACAUAGCGCUGCCGUUAGCAUCUCGCACAAAGUCUUCGCCACCUCCCCAGACCUGUUCCAUUUCCCGAAAGACAGCCAUGCCCUGGUGCCCCUGCGGAGCAAUGAUAGUGGUGCGCUCGUGAGCCCCGGAGAGCCGCUGCAUGAGACGGCCGUGCGAUGCUCGCUCCUCGAGAUGGCAGAUUGGCAUGCGACGAUGUCUACUGCCGUCGCGACGGUUCGGUGCUUCGUGCCAAAUGAUCCGCCUCUUGUUUUGGGGCUGGGGUUGGUUGAUUGCGUUCCGCUGUCGAUUUUGGAUGAUCAGCGAUCGGCGGUUGUUUAUCGUAGAGCCCUUGAGACUUCUUCUCACGUUCAGGAACAGGUGCAGGCGCAGGAGGGUUCACACACCGAUGUCUACGCUGAAAACGCCUAUCUGGAACAAAUCAUUGAGCAACGGGGUUUGCUCCGGCCUGGCGGAACGGCAAUCGGGCAGGCUCAAGGCCAGUAUUCGGAUCAAACUCAAAGUCAGAGUGAGGGUCACACUCCAAGAAACAAUAACAAUUCAGCGGAAUCUGGAAGUUUCUCAUUCCGGACUUACCAGAGCACGCAACAGAGCACGCCCCCCGACGAUCAAGGCUUACAGCGUCUCUUCUACGCUGCCACUGCUUCUCAUCCACUAGUGGGCCCGUUGGGUCGACAGAUCCAGUACGGACAGACUUACGAGAGCAGACGCGAUAGACUUCCUGACGAGCAGAUUACGCGACGCGCGGUUUCUGCAUUCUUCCAGUGUGCGGCGACUUUGUUCUAUGUGACGACGGAAAGCAAAUCGAGCCAGCUACUUGAUAAAGUGUAUCAUAGCAAUGAUGCAACGGCGCAGGACGUCUGCGAGGUUGCCGCGUGUGCUGCGAUCGGGAGUCAUUAUAAGAUCGAUGAGAUCUGCGAUGAAGCGCGGGCGGCGUUCUUCUAUCUCGCCUCUGCCAGUCUGAAUGAGGCGUUCGAAGCAAGUCAUAUUCAAGGGGUGCGGAUAUCUAUCUUGCUCUUGUCUGCGUUGAAUCUGGUGAAAGCGGAUAUGGACGCCACAUUACAGAGCGCUACGUCGCAUGUGACCGGUGAUGACGAAUACCGACGGACCCUCCAAACAUUGAUAUUUCUUGAAGGAUGUGCCGUCUUCGAAGCUUGUAUCGUGCUCCUGCUCGGAAUUUGUCAAAGAUACCUCGCAGACAGCAGCAAUACCUUCCCUGAUCUUCCCGCCCAUGUGCAUACAUGUCUCACUGUUCUGCGGUUCUGCAGCCGCGGUGAUAUUGCCGCACAUCGGCUGAUGGACAUGUUGGAGCCAAUUCUGCAGCUGUGGAACUGUCUGGGCCCAACGUCGCAGGUACAACAAGAGGGUCAAAUGUGGAUCGAUUAUAUUUUGGAUGACGGAUCGGCGGACCUCUUCACUGUCGUGCGCAUGACAUAUCAACUUCUUGAUUUGAUGCCACAGACACAGAGCAAUGUUUGGGUGUAG